AUGGACCUCUCUUGGACUGGAUUCAUGGGGUCGAUUCCUCCUCAACUUGGGAAUCUCUCCAACUUGGUGUAUCUUGAUCUGAGUAAUUAUUAUUACAAAGAAAAAGCUUUAUUUACUGAAAAUGUUGAUUGGCUAUCAAGUCUUUCAAAGCUUGAAUAUCUUGACUUGAGAGGUAGAAAUCUAUCCCGAUCAUUUAAUUUCUUUCACAUUCUCCAAACUCUUCCUUCUUUGAUGCACCUUCAUUUGUCACGAUGCACACUCCCUCUCUAUAAUCAACCAUCCUUGCUUAACUCCUCGUCUCUCCUCACUCUUGAUUUAAGUUAUAACUUAUUCAAAGGUUCCAUUCCUGAUGGUAUUCGAAACCUCACACUUCUUGAAAAUCUUGAUUUGUCUGGAAAUUCAUUCUCAUCUUCUAUACCAGAUUGGUUUUACGGUAGUUUUCGUCAUCUCACGUAUUUGGACCUAUCAUAUAACAACUUACAGGGGACUAUUUCUGAUGCCUUGGGAAAUAUGACUUCUCUGGUUACACUUCAUUUGUCAGGCAAUCAAUUUGAUGGACCAAUUCCUACUUCUUUUGGUAAUUUGUGCAACUUAAGGGAGAUAUAUUUCUCAAAUCUCAAACUCAACCAAACGGUAAAUGAAAUUUUAGAAAUUCUUGCUCCUUGUAUUUCCCAUGGACUCACAACACUUCAAGUUCAAAAUUCUCAACUUUCAGGCAAUCUGACAAAUAAACUUGGAGAUUUUAAAAAUGUUGUCAGACUAGAUUUUAUUGGCAACAAAAUUGGUGGCGACCUUCCAAGAUCACUGGCAAAACUUUUAUCAUUGAGAUCUCUUGAACUGUCCGAAAAUCAAUUUAGCGGAAAUCCAUUUGAAAGUCUUGGAUCACUCUCUAAAUUGUCAAAGCUUUACAUUGAUCACAAUCGUUUUCAAGGAGUCGUCAAGGAAGAUCAUUUCGCAAAUCUUACCCGCUUGGAGUCGUUUCAUGCAUCAGGGAACAAUUUGACUUUAAAAGUGGGUCCCAGUUGGCAUCCUACUUUUCAGCUUUACGAUUUGGAUAUGAGCUCCUGGCAGUUAGGUCCCAACUUUCCAUCAUGGAUUCACUCACAAAACAAACUUCAUUCUAUAUCAAUGUCCAACACAGGGAUUUCAGAUUCUAUUCCCAGCUGGUUUUGGAAAACAUUUUCUCAAGCUGAGUAUCUAAACCUCUCUUAUAAUCAUAUCCAUGGUGAGCUUUGGACUACAUUAACGAAUCCAAUAUCAAUCAAUGUUGUCGAUCUUAGUGCAAAUAACUUAAAUGGAAAAUUGCCCUCUCUUUCAAAUGUUGUGGGUUCGUUAGAUCUUUCCAACAAUUUAUUCUCCAAAUCCAUGGCUGAUUUUUUGUGUCAAAAUCAGGACAAGCCAAUGGGAUUGGGAUUUCUGUAUCUUGCUUCAAAUAAUUUAUCAGGAGAAAUACCUGAUUGUUGGAUGCAUUGGCCAGAUCUAGUGGAAGUAAAUUUACAAAGCAACAAUUUUGUUGGGAACUUACCCUCCUCCAUGGGUUCGUUGGCAGAGCUACAGUCUUUACACAUCCGUAACAACUCCCUCUCGGGACCCUUUCCUACCAUUUUGAAGAAGACAACUAAACUGAUUUUCUUGGAUCUCGGAGAAAAUAAAUUUUCAGGAAGAAUUCCAUCUUGGAUUGGAGAAAGUGCUUCAAAUAUGAAAGUUCUUAUCCUUCGAUCAAAUCAAUUUUUUGGUCAUAUUCCUACUACAAUAUGUGAUAUGCGUCGUCUUCAGAUUUUAGACCUUGCACAAAACAAUUUGUCUGGAAAUAUUCCAACUUGUUUCAAUCGCUUGAAUGUCAUGACUUUGACGAACAAAAGUUCAAAUCCUCGUAUCUAUUGUGAGCCAGCAAACAACACAUUUCUAGAUUCGCCAGUUAGUGUAGUUAGUGUGCUCCUUUGGCUGAAAGGAAGAGGAGAUGAGUACAGAAGUAUACUGGGAUUGGUGACAAGCAUUGAUCUAUCAAAUAACCAAUUAGUAGGAGAAAUACCAAGAGAAAUCACAGAUUUAAAUGGAUUGACAUAUUUGAACUUAUCCCACAACCAACUAAUUGGUCAUAUUCCAGGAAGCAUUGGUAAUAUGCAAUCAUUAUUGUCCAUCGAUUUCUCAAGGAAUCAACUUUGUGGUGAAAUCCCUCUUACCAUUUCAAAUCUGAGCUUGCUGAGCAUGCUAGACUUAUCAUAUAAUAAUUUGAGGGGAAAAAUUCCAACAGGAACUCAACUGCAAACCUUUGAUGCCUCCAACUUCAUUGGCAACGACCUCUGCGGCCCACCACUGGCCAUCAAUUGCAGCUCCAAUAAUGGAAUUGAUAGUUAUGAUGCCAAUGGCAAAGGGAGUGACAGGCAUGGAGUGGAGUGGUUUUUUGUUAGCAUGACAUUUGGAUUUGUGGUGGGAUUUUGGAUGGUGAUUGGUCCUUUGCUCAUUUGUAGAUCUUGGCGCUAUGCCUAUUUUCAUUUCUUUGAUCAUGUGUGGUUCAAACUUCAAUCUUUCUUCUUCUGA